UGAAACGUCAUUUGUAUGCGCCCCUGUUUCGUUUAAAAAUACCACGCAAAAGCCGAUUCAGGGCCAUCAAAUAUAUUUUAAUGGCUAUAUAUUUAUGUAGCUAUACUAAUUUAUUCUGCUGUGCCUCUGCUUAAAAGCUGUCAUUUAGCUUAGCGUUGGGCAAGAAGUGGAAGUGAGCUCAAUAAAGUGGUACGCAGGCUUUUUCUUUAUAUCACCAUCGCUGAAAAAUACAUGAUGACAACUUUAACAAGGCAGGACCUCAACUUUGGACAAGUGGUUGCUGACAUCUUGUGUGAGUUCCUGGAAGUUGCCAUUCAUCUCAUCCUAUAUGUCCGUGAAGUUUAUCCCUCUGGAAUAUUCCAGAAGAGAAAGAAGUACAACGUCCCAGUGCAGAUGUCAUGUCACCCUGAGUUGAACCAGUACAUCCAAGAUACACUUCACUGUGUUAAACCACUCAUUGAGAAGAAUGAUGCAGAGAAGGUGGUUGUCGUUAUCAUGGACAAGGAGCAUCAUCCGGUCGAGAGAUUUGUGUUUGAGAUAUCUCAACCGCCACUGCUGUCCAUCAGCUCGGACACAUUACUGUCUCACGUGGAGCAGCUGCUGAGGGCAUUCAUUCUAAAGAUCAGUGUUUGUGAUGCUGUUUUACACAAUAACCCCCCAGAUUGUUCAUUCACAGUGUUAGUUCAGACAAGAAAUGCUGCAACACGCAACAUGGAGAAGGUUCAAGUCAUCAAGGAUUUUCCAUGGAUAGUUGCUGACGAGCAGGAGGUCCACAUGCAAGAGCCCAGACUCAUCCCAUUAAAGACGAUGACCUCUGACAUCGUUAAGAUGCAACUCUAUGUGGAGGAGCGAGCCCAGAAGACGCUACAUUAAUAAAGAGUUACACAAGGUGAAUGAAGUAGAUGGUUAGAGAUGAAUAGGUGUUUGGGGAAAUCACAAGUAUUACUUGGGAUACAUUUACUCAAGAAUUGAUUACAUUACAAAUGCCGCAGAAUGUUUGUUACUGUAUGUUCUUGUGUGUGUGUGUGUGUGUGUGUGUGUGUGUGUGUGUGUGUGUGUGUGUGUGUGUGUGUGUGUAUAUGUAUACAGUAUAUAUAUAUAUAUAAACUGCUAAAAAAAAUAAAGGGAACACUUAAUCAAUGACAAUGUCAAUCACAUGUGAAUCCCCAUCAAACUGUUCACUUAGGAAGCAACACAGAUUGACAAUCAAUUUCACGUGCUGUACAAAAGUAAUAGACAACAGGUGGACAGCAAGACACCCCCAAUAAAAAUAAUAUUGUGAGUAUGAUUUUGUUUUCAGCACAUUCAACUAUGUAAAGAACAAAGUAUUUAAUAAGAAUGUUUCAUUCAGAUCUAGGAUGUGUUAUUUUACUGUUUCCUUUAUUUUUUUGAGCAGUGUGUGUAUAUAUACUGUGUGUGUAUAUAUAUAUGAACUAAAUAUCAUGAUCAUUUUUACGAUUGAAAUGUACUUACCAUUAAAUGCACUGUGCCAA